CUUAGUAACCGAUGUAAACAGAGCGAGGCACGAGCAAAGUGGGCAACCACGAGAGAAGUCCCUUAAAGCAGGAAGCUUCCAGUCACUACAGAAUCCUUUACAUCACUUUGUCUGUGGGCACUCCGAGGAAUACAAUGGCAACUGAAGUAAUUACUUUGCCCCAACUAUCAGAUGUCAUGGAUAAUGGGAGAACAGGAGGAAACAGAAUUGGCCAUGUUAUGAUGUUAAAGAAGAUGCCCAUCAGAAUAGAUGCUUUAAAAAUCCUAGAUCCAGGUCGAAAGAAGCUAACAUCUAUUGAGACACAAAGGAUCAUUUCUGCUUUGGAUGAAUGCAUUAGGAAAAUAGAACUUGUUACCCUGUUGUCUUACAUAGAAGGGAACCUUGAGCGUUUUAGUGUAGUCCUGGGGUCAGAGCUCAUGUCUGCCAUUAAAGAGUGCUACAGGCUAGAGACAAACUUGUGUGUCAUUCUUGGUAGACUUGAGGAAGCAGAGGAUCCCUAUACAGUGCAUGAUAUAUUUCAGGAGAAGGCACUGGAACCUAAAGAAGAUUGUUAUUCUAACACUACACCACAGCAUAUUCGCUCCAUCUACAUACUUCGAAAAGCUAUCAACAGUUCUGUAAAAAAUGUUCUGAGGCUGUUUCAAUUAAACCCAGCUGCUUAUAGCACAGUACGAAUGGAGUCACAUGCUAGGAAUCCAACCAGCCAAGCAAUGAUCCAUGCUCUGCUGGAAAUGCGCACCUUCUUACUAGAAAAGUUGUUGACCAAUCCCAUGGAGGACAGAGAGAAGAUCUACUAUGUUCAGAGUAUGGCUACUCGAAACCAGAAGAAUGCAGAUGUGAUUGCUGCCCUGGAGGCUGAAGUGGCAGCUGCAACCCAGGAUAAAGAGCAUGAGGUUGCCCAGAAGAAUGAUGUGAUUCGAAAGCUGAAAAGUAACCUCCACCACAUUGAGAAGUUAUCAGAAGAUGAGCUCCAACGCACAAAUCAGGAGACUGAAAAACAACAAAAAACACUGCAGAAGACUUCAGAAGGCAAGUGCACUAAGCUACAGCAUGAGGUUCAACAGCUGAGGACACAGCUCAAUAAUCUGAUCGUAGAGCACCGGGAACUAGAACUAGUACUGAGAAAGAAAAAGUUUAAAAUUGAGACAGAGAUUGAAAACUGGAUACAGAAGUAUGAUGCAGACCUUGGAGAGAAGCAGGAGGAGUUGGAGCAGCUGGAUGCUAUAUACAAAGAAGAGAAAGCACAACUGAGUGAACUACAGGAACAAUACGAUGUCAUGGAACAGGAGUACAAACAGAUUAUGGAGGAUCGGCGCAUUGCUCAACAGAAGAAGGAGGAAGCUGAGAGGGAGUUGGCAAACAUGACUCGAGCUGCAAUUUUUAUACAGGCUUUCUGGAGAGGCUACAAAGUACGCAAAAUGCUGAAGGGAAAAAAGAAGGGGAAGAAGGGGAAGAAGGGGAAGGGGAAAGGAAAACAAGGAAAGAAAUAAACACUGUAAAACGUAAAUAAAUCAGAAAGGGUGGCAAACUUAAGCAACUGAAUAUAUACUAGGGAAGAAUAAGGUAAUAAAUCAAAGCAAAUGAUUUGAAAAAAAUGAGUGAGAACCAUACUAUGGUAAUGCACACUUUUUAUGUACUAAAAUGUUAAAAAUAAAGAAACAUAAAAAUA